GCAAUUGUUCCACGCUUUUCUUUUAAUGACUAAGAGUGUGUCGAGACGCGCCGGGAGAUGUGUUAAGUGUUAUUGUUUUAUAUUGAUGCGCAUGCGCCGAGCCGCUCCGCGCAGUGAUCGCUUUGUGACGCGCCGCAUGAAUGUGCCUCGAUUGUUUUCGGCUUGACAUUUUGUUUGUAAACAAAAAAUCGUUUGACUUCUACUUUUGGUAUUUCCAGAUGUAAUUUAAGACAGGCAGCGCUAAGAUAGACUCGCACCCAUUGUCCUGAGCGCACACCGCCAUUCGCAUUCAUCAUCAGUCGAGCCAAAUAAAGUGAUAAAAUAAUAAUUACACUGAAGUUGCGAAAUGAUUACUAAAUACAAACUGCAUUUAAAUACGACAAAAGUUACUCGAAGCGAUUAAGUGUUAAAAUUUAUUCAUCACAAUGGUAAACGGCAAUUACGUGUUGUACGGCGACAGGCCGUCGUCCGAAUCCGAAAUAGUGGAGGAUCAUGUGCACGCGCGCGCCGCCGAGAAGAAAACCAAGAGGAAACCAAACAGAACCGCCAACGAACUGCAGUACUCCCUGAACCUCGCGCAACUGGACAACGAGACGGAUUCUGUCAAGUACGAGAAGAAAGUGAAGGAGCCGAGACUACUCCGCUAUGUGCCCACUACUGACGUAGAGGAGCACUUCGUCAGUGAAAAGUUCGAAACAUAUGACUUGAAAGCCACGGACGAGCCACCCCGUCGGUACGCCUUCACGAAGAAACCUAAGAACCCUGCGGAUGGAUCGAUUAACUAUGCUUACUCUAGAUCGAGCAGCAGUUGCAGCUCUCCCAAUGGAAACUUGCCGACCAUAUCCGAGCACGGGGAACAGUUCAGUACGUACCGCAUUCGAUCCAUCCGCACGCCGACUGACGAAGAAGUCAGUCACGCUUACGAAACGAAACUGGACAAAUACUUCUCCAGGCCGCGGGAAGUGAAGACGUUCGUGGCCAAGGGCUCGCAUCCCGAUAGCCUGUACCGCGUCCCGGUAGGCAGCGGCGUGGCCAGCAGUAAGGUGGUGCGAGUGCUGCGCAUCUUGCGAUGGCCAGUCGCCCUCUUCAGUGUUUGUAUCGCUCUGGCUAUCUUCGUGUAUUUCCUCAUGCCAGACAACCUAUCAUCAGAGUACAGCACCGUGAACGCGACAUCAUGGCAGGAGGACACCGCCAGCGCCCAGUCCCGCAUCCAGCCCGGCAAGCCGAACCGCAAACCGCCGGAGCAAGGCCAACACGGACCGCAAAAAGGCAACAUACGUACAAAACCACAGGAAAUUGAUUUCUACGAUGCUGAGAACGUAAAGACUAUCGAUUUAACAUCAUUAAUGGAAACAGUCACGGAAAACAGUGAGAAAAGAACUCCCGUCCCUCCGGUGUUCCCCACCCAUAUCGCCCCGGAGGUGCAGUACGGUAACGAGAGAGCCGAUAAGGAGAAAAUGAGGUCUCCCAAAUUAAUUGAUACAGUUAUGAACAGCGAUGAAUCCACUCUAAAACCGCACAUCACUCAAAGCCCGGAGAGACCAUUGGCUAUUUACUUUGAUGAGGGCAAGGUAGCCACUUCUACUGAAACCAUAACCCGCGCAGAGAGCAACAAUGAUAUUUUGCAUUAUGAUGAAAAAGAGUUGCCAAAGACCACAGAGGAGACGACAAGUAAGCCAUAUUCACCAGUUUACAAAGACACGUCAUUGUACAUACGCAAGGAACACUCUAAAUCAAAGCAACGACCUACCGAACCCGACCUAACUCAGGCGCUCCACGAAUAUUAUCGCCUCACUCCCAUAAAUCACGAUAACCGUUUCACGUCGGGCCACUCGAAACUUUUCGGCAUUUCCAUGGAAGACGCGCAGAGCAUGAAGUCCACAACACAGAGCACACUGUAUAACACGCGCGUCUCGCCCACGCUGCCGACUUGGCGCGACAACGCCGAUUCAACCACUAAAAAAUAUCCCUUAAAUACCAAUUUGGAUGUGUCACAAUGUCGUUCGACUCAUCUGGGUCUGUGCCGCGGCGUACUGCCGUACGACCUGGCGGGGCCGGCGGCGACGCUGGACGGCGUCGACGUCACUGACCUGCUGCCGCAAAUGGAGUACCUCGUCUCCUCCAACUGCAGUGAGCGCACCGCGCACUUCCUCUGCAGCCUGCUCGAGCCCGAGUGUAGCCCCACUCCCUACCUACACAAGAUGCCCUGUUAUAGUCUCUGUAGAGCGGUAGCAGAACAUUGCGAUGGCUCGAUACCGCGGGACUUGCUGGGCGUGUUCGGAUGCACGCGGUACCCGACGGGCGGGUGCGCGGCAGCGCGGGCCCCGUGCGGCGCUCGCGAGCUGCCCUGCGGCGACGGCAGCUGCGUGCCCAGUCAUUGGGCCUGCGAUGGUGCUGCCGACUGCCCCGCUGCUGAGGACGAAGCGCACUGUACCGCCUGCGCCAGCAACGAGUUCCGAUGUCCAUCGGGCGGAUGCGUGCACACCCGCUGGUUGUGCGACGGGUACGCGGACUGCCCGCGCGGCGAGGACGAAACGGAGCAGCAGUGCGCCGCGCGCCGCGAACACGACGAUGAGCAGGUCACCGACGCCGAUCCCGAGCCCGGUGAGGAGCCCGCGGGUUCCGCCCCCGCUCUUGCCGUGCGCAGGCCCUUCCAAACGUCCAAAGGGUACGCCGACGACAGUGUUCAUCGGAACGGAGAAACUGAAAGCAGUAAAGAAAUACUUAUGACUAGCGAUAGUAAAAACGGCCUGAAACGUAAUUUUACUCGGCGACCGUCGCCCGCCCGUCUCUCGCCCUACAGCCGCCCCAUUAUCCACGACACCAAGACACAGAGUAAAGGUAAACUGGACCCGAGAGUUAAGAUAAAGACAAAUCAGAGGAAGGCAUCCCGGACCACUCUCCGUACCACCACGACAUCUCAGCACAUGGCAGAAGAUAACAAAGAGAAUAUAAGGGAAAGCAUAUCAGAUAUGGGCGUACAUCUUGAUAAAUCAAUAAAUAACCUGGAGAAGGUUAUAAACGGUGCAACAAUGUUAAAGAAAGCGGGCGAGCCGCAAGAGGAUGCGGGCGAGUCUGGUGAGGGCAAGGGGGAGGGUGGUAGCGGGGGCGGGGACAAGACGGAGGAGCCCCGCAGUCACCGCGGUACCGGCCGCUACAGCAGCCCGGCGCGUGCGCACGCCUCGCCUUGCCCCAGCGGCGAACUGCGCUGCGUCGACGGCAGAUGUAUCACACUGGCCCAGCUGUGCGACGGCACCAUCGACUGCUCCGACCACGCCGACGAAGACAACUGCUACACGUGACCGUCUAACAAUACAAGAAAACAAAUUAUCCUGUAAAAUUCCUUUAAUAGCAUCUCAGUCAUGUAGAAAACAUUCCAUUUAUAAGCUAACUUAAGUUAAACUAUAAGUUUUAUAAGAUAAACUAAGAUAAGUCUUUAGUUAUAAACUUUUAGCCUAUAUUAUAUGGUUAAGAAUUUGCUAUUCUUACCGUAGUUAUCCACUGACAUAAUACAUUUAUAUAUUGCCAUCACCCUCAUACUCUUAGAAAAACCUGAGAUAACAAUUUUUUUAAUAAGGUGUUUCAGUAGUGCAAAACCAACGGUUAGAUUUGACGUCAAAUAAAAAU